GUCUGCAAACGACCAUUCUCAGGUCGACUGAUUUCAGCGUGGUAAGUCUGCAUGCAUGGAUUGGCUUAUCGCGGAUCUGCACCUUAGAUACCUUGUGGCAGAAAAGUCAUUGGCGAGCCCUCGCUGCUGCUGGGAAAGGCACUGGCGUUGAGCGGACCAAUGAGACAUGUGGCGGUGUUGCACGCUUUCCUUUUUUGAUAUCUACACCCAAGACGCCAUAUCUCCAACAUUCAGGUCGCAAGGCCAGCAGGACUGAUCGAUUACUACAGUGUUCUCCUUGAUUCCACCAUUUCCUUGCCGUUACACGAGUAGCCAACAUGAGCUCCGAACAACCCAAAGUGCCUCCGCGUCCGGCCCGCACUCAGGAGAGGCCUUCAGACGUGGUUGCGAAUGCUCCAAUAAUUCCCCCUCGUCCCCAGCGUCGUGACAGAUCCGUCUCGCCCAUGAGAGGAGAGUACAUGCGUUCUCCCCUCAACGACGUCCCCUUGGCCAGCCCCGAUACCAACGGCAAGAUGUACAGCCAGCGAAAUCUCUCGGCCCAGGAUCUCCCUCCCCGUCCUCCGAGUGUCAGCCUCCCUUCAAUCGGCCAGGAAGGCAUGGAAUACGCCAACCUCGAAGAGGAGGAUAAUGCAGCUGCAGAACAGCACAGAAACAUCUCUCCGGACUUGCCCAUGCAUGCUCCCACGGCAUCUGUGCCUCAGUCAACUGCCAAAUCCAGAAUCCAGACAGUCACUCGCACCGACUCGAGUCAGGCUGCGCAACAUGGGAUUGGCUCGGCUGCACCCGCUGUACACCCAUUGAAGGCCAGAGCCAGUUUCAGUCGCUCGAACCUGUCCUUGUCUCAGGAACCCACCGAGGAAGAUGAACACGGCAUUCCUGAAAUCGGCCUGCAGGUGCCCAUGCUGAAAUAUGCUGGUGACGUCCAGGCUCCUACACCAACUCCGUCCAAGGCAGGCACGCCGAGUAUCAGCUUCAAUGAUGCAUCCCCACGUAACCACCACCGCAAGCGUAGUUCGCGUCAAGAAUUCCACGGUCCCCCUGGCAGUUAUGGUCUGCACGGCCAUCGUCACGACCCUAAGGACCAAUUCGAGAAAGCCUGGUACGCCAAGCACCCCGAAGAGCUGGUCAAGGAGCACCGUCCUUAUGAUCCUGGUCAUGCUCCUGGUGACUGGGCUUUGAGCAGCGACGAUCUCAACAAGCUAGUCCAAUCAAACUCGGGCCGUGGUCUCGGCAUGGGCACUUCCCCUGCUGCUAUCGGCACACCAGAUGAGUCGAUCGGUUUCAUGGCCUCGGAAGCCUACACUUCCCGUAUGAACUCGCCCAAGCCUCGCCCGGAUUCCCUGUCAGGUCUACACAAGCGUCCCUCGAGUGGUGCUCAACCCGCCGUUGAAUCUCCCCUCAAGAAGGAGUCUUUCGGCCAGAAAGAGAUUGCACAGAACGACCACGCCUUGGAGAGCGAGGUUGAGGACGAAGUUAUUCACAUUGACCCACCAGCCCACCGCCACAGCAAAAUUCACGGUGGCGGCUACGACCCUCCCACUGUGGAUCUUGGUCCUGAGGGAGGCAACACUUCUGAGAAAGGCGGCUGGGUCAUCGAAAACGGUGAUGGCAUGCCUAUUUUGGCCUCUGAUGAGGUCGCCAAGAACAACCCCGAAGCCGUAUAUUGGCAACCUGCCGUCUCGCCUCAGAAGGAGAGAAAGGGCAACGAUUAUUAUGAUGCCUACGCUUCGGAUUCUUCGGCAACUGGCCCAUCUCGCAGACGUAGUGGUGAGAAGCUGAGAACUAGCAGUGGAGGCAAUUUGGCACGAUUCAAGUCCCACGAGGCUCAGCCUUCUGGUGCUGGCACCCCGCUUGAGGAAAUCGAAGAAUACGAGCCUCUCUUCCCCGAUGACGAUGAUAAGCCUCAAAAGCCCCUCACCGUUGCAGACAAACUGAAGCGUCCUGAUUUGGCCCGUCACCACUUCCCUAGUCAAGACAUCUGGGAGGACGUUCCUGAGAGCUUGCAGUAUGAGGCCGAAGUUUCUGGCCCCCAGGAGCCCGAGGACCUCACAACUUCUGCAACUUUCGAGCACCCUGACAAGGAGCAAGCACGCAAGAUGGGUAACAACCCCGAAGAUCGCGCCGACUUCCUUUCUCAAGAGGCCAAAACGAUGGCCAAGACUGGUUUCAAGCCUGGUGUCGCUGAAGAGACUCGCCCUAGCUACAAGAACCGCUUCCCCAGUAGAGACAUCUGGGAGGAUUCUCCUGACAGUCUCCAGCUUGAGACCACUGAUGAAACAUCACAGAUGGAGGACGAGGAUGUGUCAAGUCCGGCUGAUGUCAAAUCUCCUCAAAUUCCUCAGCGUCCUGCUCGCUCUUCUAAGCUUUCCGAGGUUUCCACUCCCGAGCCCGAGGAGACUUCGAAGCCUCAGGUUCCUGCACGACCAGCCGGUCACCAAGGACCUGUCAUUCCCGAGCGCCCCAAGCCUCAGGUACCUGCCAGACCUGCCAAGGCUGAGAGCACCCAAACUCAGGAAGCUGCAUCCUCGGACAGAGGUGUAUCGCCUCCGGCUGUCAAGGCUAAGCCUGCAGUUCCCGCAAGACCUGCAGGCAACAAGUUUGCCGCUCUCAAGGCUGGUUUCCUCGAGAACUUGAAUGCUCGCCUUGGCUCCGGUCCCCAAGCUCCUCCCAAACAUGAAGAGCCUGCCGAGGCACCUGUUGAAGAGAAGGCUCCUCUUGCCGAUGCUCGAAAGGGCCGCGCCAGAGGCCCUGCUAGAAGAAAGCCUGCUGCCGAGUCUGCCGCCGCUCCUGCCGCUGCAUCUGGCGCAUCCACCUUUUCUAUCGGAACCACAUUCACCAUCUUCCAGAUUAAUGAUCAUGGAGAGUUGUCGGUUCCGCUCGAUCGGCUUUCACCAACCCUUUCCAAGGGUGCACAGGAGAUGGAGAAGGCGGCUGCAGCAAACACCGAGGGUGCUGCCCCUGCCAACUCAUCUCCAAUUGCCGAGGACGAGAAGACCACACUCUCUGGUUUGCCUGCACAAGCCAUUGGCCACAUCGGAGACACACCCGACCCCAAGUUGUCACAGUCAACCAUGGAGCGCGCAUCUGCUAUUCAGUCCGGUUUUGAGGCAGCGCUCGCUGACUCGGAAAAGCACGGCGAGCAGCCUGCUGAUGGAGAAACUGAUGUUAUCCCUGCCAUGGCGGACCGCUCAUCAGAAGUGCCCAUUCCUGGUCAAUCCGCACUCUCAGACACCAGAUCACCCGAAGGCCCCAAGGGCGAUGUGCAAAGGUCAGAAAGCACAAGCACCAGUACUGCUGAUCAGCCCGACGAGAGCAUCGUCUCCAAGAUUGGCCAAUCCAUCAACAACGCCGUCAACUACGUCUCUGAAUCCGUGUCCGAGACCGUCCAAGGCAGUUCAUCAACCGAAAGCAAAGCUACCACCACCGAGGAGCACACCAAACCUCAAAUGACCGACAACAGCGUGCAAACCGGUCAACAAGACAUCACCGUCAAAAGCCCAACCGGCGAGCAGGAGAAAAUGACACUCCACCUCGGAGGCCGCGCACAUCCCGAGGGCAAUGUGGUGGUCAAGGACGGCGAGGAAAUUGUUGGUGACAUGGAUGAGAGACAUCGUACCGCUACCACUGGACACGGUAUGUAAGUGAAGAGUGUUUUGCUGUUUUGCACAAAUGGAGGGUUUUUAGAAGCACAAAAAGCUGGACAGAGUUUGGUUGGGGUGUUGAUGCAAUAUUGUGUAUUUGGGUAUGGAGAUUGUAAUACACAGGGAUGAUUGUUCGAGUGUAAAUGGUAUCUGUUCGUUUGAUUGUGAGCUGAGAUGUCUUGAAUUGAAUUGUUAAAUGCACUUGCAGCGGUAUAAAGGAGACAGGCGAUACCACGUUUCUUCUCUACGUUGGCGCUCGCGAUGUAGUUCUUGUUCAUCUUGGCGCCUACGAAGUCCCAGAAGUAGGUGGCCAGUGUUUCGUGCUCACGCUGGGCAGCUUUACCUAUCAGCGUGUUUGCGAUAUCAU